GGGAGCGAAUGUGCGCCGUGGCAGCGAGGGAGGGAGGACAGCCAGAUCAAGCAGCCAGGCGGGCACAUCAGCCACAGCAGCUGAGCAUCCUCCUGAUCUUCCUCAGCCUUUUAAAAGCCUGCCAACACCAACCCAUCUCUAUCUCUGAUAGAGAUUUCACUGAAGUGUCCAGAAGCCUCCGCCGACCAUCACCUCCCACCACUCACUUUCUUUCUUUCUUGGUUUAUUCUUAGCUCAGCUGCUGAGAGAGACUGUCCUUCCGGUCCUUCUCUUAUUUAUCAUCCUAGUUUCUUGAAUAUUUAAUGGAAAAUGGCGAUCUGCGCGCAGGCGUUCGGUGUGUUCUGCCUCUUCACCAUCCAAACUGUACUUAUCAUCUGUGUGUCCACGCCGGCCGCCGGGACGCACCUCUUCCCUCAGCACUACACAAUGAUUCACUGGGCUGGGCGUAUUGAGAAGGAACUGGAGAAGGUUCUUCAACACGUAACUGGAACUCAGCAGAUGAGAUCGAUUUAUAAUGAGAAGAAGAGCCAAUUUGAAAUCAAGAGAAACAACCCCAAGGACUUGGUGGAGCGAGUGGCACGAGACAUCUCCAAGCUGCUAAACAGCAAGAGAAAAGCCCUGGAGAAACUGGCCCGGGAAGCUGAGCAGCUUCAGAAGGAGCACGAGUGGCAAGAUGGUGUGACGGAAAAUGCCAUUUCAUACUACGAUUCCAAAGCGGAUUCAGACUAUCAGACAGAGGAUGGAGAGGAGGAGGUUCCACUGGAGACCACAAUCUCUCUGGAGCUGGAGUUUGUGGAUGAUCCCAAUUUCAAAAACAAAGUCAACUACUCUUCCAGCGCAGUCCAGAUUCCUACAGACAUUUACAAGGGCUCCCCCGUCAUCCUAAAUGAAUUAAACUGGACCCAAGCACUGGAGAGGGUCUUCAUUGAAAACCGGCGGGACGACAGCUCUCUACGCUGGCAGGUGUUUGGCAGUGCCACAGGAGUGACGCGAUACUACCCAGCCACUCCAUGGAGGGCACCCAACAAGAUCGACCUGUAUGAUGUCCGCAGAAGACCGUGGUAUAUCCAAGGUGCAUCGUCUCCAAAGGACAUGGUCAUCAUUGUUGAUGUGAGUGGAAGCGUCAGCGGACUCACUCUGAAGCUCAUGAAAACAUCUGUUGUGAAGAUGCUUGACACCCUAUCGGAUGACGACUAUGUGAAUGUAGCAAGGUUCAAUGAGAAGGCCGAUGCUGUUGUUCCAUGCUUCAGGACUUUGGUCCAAGCCAACGUUCGUAACAAGAAGAUCUUCAAGGAGGCAGUCAUGCAUAUGCAAGCCAAAGGAACCACGGAUUACAAAUCUGGUUUCACAUUUGCCUUUGAGCAGCUUCUUAAUGAGAGCUCUGCCCCGAGGGCCAACUGCAAUAAGAUGAUAAUGAUGUUUACAGAUGGAGGGGAGGAUCGGGCGCAGGAUGUCUUUGAGAAGUACAACUGGCCCAACAAAACAGUUCGGGUUUUCACCUUUUCCGUUGGCCAGCAUAAUUACGAUGUCACACCAUUGCAGUGGAUAGCAUGUGCUAAUAAAGGUUACUACUUUGAAAUUCCAUCAAUUGGAGCCAUCAGAAUCAACACCCAGGAAUACCUGGAUGUUCUGGGUCGUCCCAUGGUACUGGCCGGGCCUAGGGCCAAGCAGGUGCAGUGGACAAACGUCUACCAGGAUGCACUUGGUUUGGGCCUUGUAAUCACAGGGACGAUGCCGGUCUUCAACCUCACUGUGGACACUGAGAGCUCUCAGAAUCAGCUCAUCCUUGGGGUUAUGGGAGUAGAUGUUGCAAUUAAUGAAAUCAAAAAGAAGACACCAACAUACAGACUUGGAGCUAAUGGCUACACUUUUGCUAUCGAUCCAAAUGGUUAUGUACUGCUGCAUCCCAACCUACAACCCAAGGUAGCUCCGGCUCUGAGCUCCUUCCUCUGUCAAAUUAUGUUUGGACUUCUGUAUCUGAAGCCACAUUUGAACCUUGAAUACAGGCAUGUUCUCCUGUGUUCUGUUUCCGCUCAGAUCAUCAACUUCAGGGAGCCCGUCACUCUGGACUUUUUGGAUGCAGAGCUGGAGAACAACAACAAGGAGGAGAUCCGUCGACAGAUGAUUGAUGGCAAGUCAGGGCAAAGGAAAAUCAGGACGCUCGUUAAGUCAGUUGAUGAGAGGUACAUUGAUGAAGCCAUGCGGACAUACACGUGGACGCCUGUGAACGGUACAGAUUACAGUUUAGGGUUGGUACUGCCUACAUAUAGUGAGAACCACAUCAAGGCCAACUUAAGUGACCAGAUCCUUCAGGUGCAGUUGCAAUACACCAAGGAUUUUGAAUCACUGCUGCCAAACAGUUUUGAGUCUGAAGGACAUGUGUUCAUUGCUCCCAGGGAGUACUGUAAUGAUCUUGAAUUGUCUGGCAACAACACGGAGUUCCUGCUUAACUUCAUUGCUCUCAUGGAGAAGGUGACACCAGACUCUAAACAAUGUGACAAUUUUCUCCUUCAUAACCUCAUUCUGGACACUGGCAUCAUCAGACAGCUGGUCGAGAAAGUGUGGAAGAAUAAAGACUUGAAUACAUACGGCUUCCUGGCCGUGUUUGCCGCAACAGAUGGAGGAGUAACGAGGGUUUUUCCAAACAAAGCUGCAGAAUCGUGGGAGGAAGAUCCCGAACCAUUUAAUGCUAGCUAUUACCGCCGCAGCCUCGACAACAAGGGCUACAUCUUCAGAGCGCCUUAUCGAACAGCCAGGGAUGAGCUGCUGAACCCAGAAAAUGACACCAUAGGUAUUCUGGUCAGCACGGCUCUGGACAUUACAGUAGGAGGGAAGACCAUCAAACCAGCUGUUGUCGGAGUGAAACUGGACCUUGAAGCCUGGACUGAUAAGUUUAAGAUUCUGGCCAGCAACCAUACGGAUAACCGUCAAGGCUCAAAUAUGUGUGGACCAAACAGGGGCUGCGAGAUGGACUGUGAAGCCAACAGUGAGGAUCUCUUGUGUUACUUGGUGGAUGAUGGAGGAUUCCUAAUCAUGUCCAAUCAGAAGGAAGACUGGAACAAGGUGGGCAUGUUCUUUAGUGACGUUGACCCCUACUUGAUGUACGCUCUCUACAACAAUUCCUUCUACAAUCGCAAGCAGUCAUUUGAUUACCAGUCUGUGUGUGAGCGGUUACCGAACAGUGAAGCUGGAGCGGCUCGCCGAGGAGUGUUUGUGCCAACAAUUGCAGAUUUUGUGAACCUGGCGUGGUGGACAUCAGCUGCUACAUGGUCCUUGUUCCAACAGCUUCUAUAUGGACUGGCUUACCAUAGCUGGUUUGUCACAGAUGAGGUGGAUGCAGAAGGAAUGGACACCAAAGAGAGAAGCUGCGUAACGAUCCAGACCCAGUUCUACUUCAGUAAUCUCAGCAGCUCCUACAACAUUCUGCAAGACUGUGGCAACUGCUCCAGGCUUAUUCAUGCCAGGAGGAUAAACAACACAAACUUACUGUUUGUGGUUGCAGAAAAGAUGCCGUGUGAUACCUGCGAGAUAGAGAAGCUUUCCCAGGAGGAGGAGGAGUUCAAGGAGGAUAAUCCAUGUGAAGCAGUGAAUGUGGCGCGUUAUCGAAAAGGACCCCCCACCUGUUUUGACUAUAACGUCAAUGAGAACACAACGGACUGUGGACGAGGUCACGCCUUCCGCCCGCCCCUCUACGCUUUACUGCUCAUUCAGCCGCUUCUGCUUUAUCCAGCCGUCAGCCCAUACCUGCACCCACUACUAUAUUAAUUCCAUUCUCCCAGACUUGUCAUACUUUUAGCCCUAUUGAGCUUCUGUCCCAUCACUAAACCCCCCUCCCAUCCCCACACCCCGACUCCUUCACUCCCUCUGGUGUAGUCAAAGGUAAUAAUGGGACUUCCCAUCACAGCAGGUUGGAAGCCCUGACUGCCACACUACCCAGUCUGUGUUGCUUAGUGACAACUGCCAGACAUUUGUGUCCUCAGCCAGUUAACCUUCAUCUGCAGGAAGAGCGGGAGAUGCCAGACCACCUGAUCAUCAGAGGCAACUCAAGAGAAAACAAAAUCUCCACAAAAGCCAGACUUCCACCGUUCAGACAAAGGAGAAGGGAAAGGUCAGGUCGAUCUGUCAUCACAGACCUCCAAACAAAUAUAGACUGGAGAUGUGAGGUUUCAUCUCCAUCCACUGCCUCUGACAGCAGGACUUCUUCUUCUCUGCUCUACUUCAGAGAUUCGCCUCUCUGUCAUCUGCCUCGUGUAAGGUUGUGGACCAUUCCGUCAGCUAUAUCCACAAUAGAAGAAAAUAACAGAAAAAAAACUGUCUAGUAUACAAAAUGUCAAGUAUUAAUUGCUGAAAAGAAUAUUCCUAACAUACUGUAUAUUUAGGUUUGAAGUUGAAAAGGCAGUUAAGUGUUAAAGACAAUUUAUGCGCUAUAUCUACUUGCCAAAAUGAGAUAUACUUUCACAUGGUCUUAUUUUUAUAGCCAAAACAUGAAGAGGAAAUGGAUUUAGAUGUAGAGUAAACCAUGAGAAGGACGGGAGGCACUAAGCAGCUGAAUCCUGACUCAUUUUGUGCAGCUCUUAAUUACAGAAUAAUGCUUUAAAAAAAAAAAAAACUAAAAAAAGAAUGAAGAAAUGAAGAAAAAACAACAUCCGCUAAGGAUAAAUGUAAUUACAUGAUGGUAAUCACAAUUUUUGAAGUGUUUCCUCGUAUUACUGUUAAGUACUAGUGCUCUCUGACUCACAGGCUGGCUGUAAAAUAUGAAUCAGUGUUCGGUUGCUGCGGAAACAUCAUCGAUGUCGUGUAGUAGUCUCCUUUACGAUCAAGCGACCAUUGUGACCUCGAGUCUAGACUGAUGUUUUAAAAAAAAAACAAUGAUAAAUUAGUCUUUUUGCCCUCUGAUGAGAAAACUCACCUCUGCCGUUCCUCUGUUCAAGCAACCAGCGGCUCCUCAUAGUUUGCGUACAUGCUUUACUUCUGUCACACGCAAAGCCUCGUUGGGCUUUGAGAGGGGCUAAUCAUUUUCCUUUCUUUUCUUUUUUUUUUUUCUUACUUUCUGACUUAUACUGUUCAGACUUCAAAACCAUUCGCUGCUGGAGGUUAUGGGCUCAUCAAGAUUUCCAACUAAAGUGCAGAAGAAGCCUCUACAUGUGGUGGUCACGUAAAGUAGUCGUCCGGUCGUAAUCCAUCACAGUUUGUCAUUUAAUCGUCGCGACGUGUGAAUAAGGUGUUGUAGACUCCCAUGUUUAGGAGCUGCUCUGUUUCAUAGUGCCUUGAUGCACUUUGUUUUGGAACACAUGGGCUGGGUAAGAGUAGAGCCACUGUGUAGUAUCUCCAUAAAACAGCCAUGAUUGAGGCCUUGGAUGCUUGAGGAGAAUAAAUCUCUUGGCUUCACACAAAGCUGUCGCACUAAACGGCGCGGCUUAUUCAAGCGGCCAUCAUCGCUGAUCUCCUCCAGAGCCAUCUCUCAUUAUAUGGAGUGACUACACUGUUCCCUUACGUACAGCCACUUAACUGGACAUAGUGUUUUGUUGGGGUUUUUUUUUUUUUUUAGGUCCACCUGACUGCUUGAGUUGUGUCUGGCUCGUUUGUGUUUCUGUGCGGAUUUACGUGUUAGUUGAACAGCUCUCAAAGGGAACAUCAUUUAAAUGAGCGUGUGCGAGCAGAACUGUUUGUUUUCUCCUCUUUCUGUAUUACAGCAGCCUAAAUCCAGUCUUGUUCUGGCGACAAAAGGAGUUUUUUGCUGCAACAAAGAGAUCCAUUUGUAACUAUCAGUCGGCUUAAGUGUCCAUAUAGAGGAGCAGAGGUAAAAGAAUGUGUAGCUUAUCAGUGUUUUCUGUUCAAAUGCAACAUAGUUAACAAAGUCUCUCUUAAUGCCUUAGUGUUACACAACGCGGAGCUCUGACGGCCCACACGCGCCCUGUUUCUCAUGUACACUCAAAUAGAUCUUAAAAUACUCCCUCUGCUAGCUUUUCUUGGUGUUAUGCAGUAUGUAAAGUCAGCUCUGAUUUUGUAUUUUUUCCUUCUUGAAAUGAUCAGUUAUUGAGUGAGUGCUUGUUUGAUUAAAUGCUUGAAAGUGAGUGGAAGUUUUUGUUUUUUAAGUUUCAAGCGCCUCUGAUUUUUUUUUUUUUUUCUGGUGAUGUUCACGCCCACUUGAAACUCACUGUAUAGCUCAGGUGGGAUUACUCACAUGACAGUUUGAACCUUAACUGCACACUCUGUACAGUUGUUGGUACUGUUUGAUGUUACAAAUCACGCUGGCACAGGAAUACUGCACCUCAGCUCUGAACAAACCUGAUAUAAAUUCAAGUUAAAGACUGUUAAAGUGAUUAGGAUUUGAGAUUAGUAUUUUUCAAAUUUGGCUUUUUUUUUCGCAGCAACAGCUGAUGUUAAAUGCAGUUUUACUCUUCUGGCAUUUGCUCGUCUCUGUCCUGUGCCAUUAAUUCUGUCUGUAUUUCCCUAUUUCCACUAUCUGUAAAUGAACGCUACACGUGCCUGUGGAAAUGUACCCCCUGCAACUUCCUCUCUUUUCCUGGAUCUGUUUGGUCUCACACAAAAAGUAAAUAUCUAAGCCUACACGUUGUGCAUCUGCACCGAGACAUUAUGCACCACACCUUUAAACAAUCAUGUAGUGGCACUUUUUUUUAAUGCCCAGAUGGGAGAUGUCAAAUAUUGAGAAUAUUGAGCAGCGGGAAGGCAUGGACGCCACUCCCCAGGUGUCUUAUUAGUGAGCAGGCGGGAUGUUCAGAGGCAAGCUCAGGGAGUGGGUCUCCACAGAGCGGCACGGGCAGGUUACCCGAGGGUCACGGUCUUUGUGUGCAUUCAGGCCGAAUACACGCGUCUGGUUUGAUGGAUGUACUUUUGCCAAAUAAUGAAUAAAAACAAAAGAGAAAAAAAAACAAGAGGGAGAAAAAAAUAGCACAUUGGAACAGCUUGGGGCUGAGUGGGAGGGGCAGCUUUAAAAAAAAAAGAAAGAAAAAAAUUAAAAGAAGGGUUUUCAAGAAGUGUCCUCCCCACCCUUGCUGCAUCUGUGUUGGUGCAUCUCUGUGGGAAAGACACGUGCGUAUGUGAUUCUGUAGUCUGUAGUCUGGUGCUAUGUGAUCAUGUUUGACAAGUGUGUAAAAAGACAAAAAAGUGACAUAGAAAAAAAAUCAUAAAAUAAGUCAAACAUAAAGUGGUUUGAAAAAUAUAUAUCUAUAGGAAUACAGCACUGUUGAAAAGUUUGAGAUCUGAUGUCGAAAUGUUUAAUUUUAUUUAAUUUUAUUUUUUUUACUUCUUGUACGUGCGUUUGGGUGUGGAUGUCUGUGUGUGCGGAAGAUUUAGCUCCUUCUUUUUUGGGCACUCGUCCAUGUCGCUCCAUUCUUUUGUACAGAUGAAGCUAAAGAAAAAAAAAGAAGAGGGCAAAAUUUGUAAAAUAUUGUGUCUGUGACUCCUUGUAAAAUAUUUUCAAAUUGUUUAUUACAGAGAAUCAGUUAUUAAAUAAUGUUCAUAUUUUUCA